UAAAAAAAGUGCAACACAAGUAGUCGAGGCGCGUUUGAGAAAACAGGAAGCAAAUGGGGGAAUGCCGAGGAGGGUUUAAAACUUAAGAAAGUAGCCAUUCUAUCGUGAUUUACCGCUUAAAAACUGACAUUUGCGGUUGGUUAGAGCGCGAGGACUUUCUGGCCGUUGCCUGGACACCGCUGAAGGAGGGAAGCUCGCGCUGCGCGCCGAAGUGGACGGACCAACGACAACUAGAUGAGGGGGUCUCGAUUUAUUUCUCCUCCCUGACCAUCCACCGUGCAGGAAUGAACACCAAAUCAAUGUUAUCUUGUUAAUGUAACGUCAGGACGCAAUAUUUAAGCUUUUAAACGCGUCUCUGCUCGAUUUUACUUGAGUGUUUUGACGUUGAAAGAAGUCUUCACUCCUCUGACAGCAACGGUGGACGGCAGCGAGCGAGUGAACGGUUGAGCUAACGCUUGCUAGCGACUUAGCAGUUAAUGUCAACUAACAUGGAGGGAGAGGUGUAUGUGUUACAUAACAUCCAAAUGCUAUUAAAUUGCCGACUUUUGACACCCCUCGAGCACAGUUAUGGACGUGAUUUAAUCGCCAAAGAAUAAAGCAAUCCGUGAGCACUUUGUUUUGCGAGAGAUGGAGUCCAACUCGCUUAUCAGCGCGAUGGAUCCAUCCAUUACAUUGUGGCAGUUUCUGCUGCACCUGCUGGAAGAUCAGAGUCAGAAGCACCUGAUCUCCUGGACGUCUGAUGAUGGAGAAUUCAAGCUGCUGGACGCUGAGGAAGUGGCCAGACUCUGGGGGCUCCGCAAGAACAAAACCAACAUGAACUAUGACAAACUGAGCAGGGCACUUCGUUACUAUUAUGACAAGAAUAUUAUUAGGAAGGUUAGCGGCCAGAAGUUUGUCUACAAGUUUGUGACAUUUCCCGACCCUAACUCUGCUGAUGGGAUGAAAGGGCCCGAGGAUUCCCAGAGGGCCAGUACAGGGGAGAAAUUGGAGCAGUCCAUCCAGACAAAACCUUUAGGUGCCGCUAACGUCACCAACCAAUGUCUCUCCAAGAGCCUGCAGGUCCAGCGCUCCUCCCCCGGCUCAGUGCAGCGCAGCUCCCGCAACGAUUACAUGAAGUCCGGUCUCUACUCCACGUUCACUAUCCAAUCUCUCCAGACACCCUGUAAAGGCACAUCCAGACCCAUUAAAACAGAGCACAUCCUGGGUGACACCAGCCCCAAAACUGCCUCAAUGGACCGCACAUUGCAUGAGGUGCGUGUGCAUUAUACAGAAGCACAACAGGGUAGUGUUCAGGCCCAGUCGACUGUAGAGAGCAGUAGUCUGCAGGUGAUCGUGACCCACCCGUCUCCAUGUGCUACACCUGCACUCAGCCCACAGACACCCUCUGGCUCUGCCACUGCAGUCACGAACGCUCAGCCACAGAAGAGCCAGAGUUUGGGCGACCCGCCCCAGAUCUACCUGUCUGAUCCCAGCUCUCUGACCUCCAUUAUUCCUUUGGCACAUGGGGAAUGUGUGGUCAACCCCUCUCAGUCGGUGUUUGUGGUCAUUAAGCCUCCACAUGUAGGGCUGACCAGAGAGUCCACCAUCCCGCCUGAAGAACGCAUACUGGAGAUAGUUAAUCUGGAUGAAAAAUCAGAGGAUGAGGCUCAACCAGUGUCAAUGGUUCCUGCUCCUGGAGUAACAGACGCCCCAAUCCCUGUGGAUGCCACGACACCCUGUGUGGAUCCUGCGGUCCAGCCUGUCGGGGAAGGAGAGGUCAAAGACAAGCCAGAGCUGCCUGAGGACACCAAUACUGCAUCAGCCUCUCUCCCAGUAAGCACACAGGAAGUCCAUCCUCCUAAAUCAAAGAAGCCGCGUGUGCUCGAGCUCCCGUCCACCCUGCUGCCCCCUGGACUAUCGCUGGAUAAAGUGAAUGCAGCAGUGAACAGUCUCCUGGCACCCGGCAGUGCUGCUAAUACCCUAACACCUACAGUUAUCACCUCACAUGCCCUGACUCCAGUCCUGUUGACACCGAGUCCGCUGCCCUCAACCAUUCACUUCUGGAGCACGCUCAGUCCUAUCGCCCCACGCAGCCCUGCCAAGCUCUCCUUCCAGUUCCCCUCCAACGGAAGCAAUCAAAUCCAGAUCCCAGCACUGAGUGUAGAUGGUCUGUCCACGCCUGUCGUUCUCUCCCCUGGACCACAAAAACCAUAGAAUGCUAUUCAUUCCUUUACCUUCGGAUGUGGUGAUUGGCUUCCUUCCCAGCCAAUGAGAUGCCGAGGAACAGAACACGGAAAACUCUGUGUGUUCCGGUUGGGGUAUCUGCUCCGGCGAUGAUACAGCAAGAGGAGCGUGCUCUUCUUUACGAUUGGUCGACAGAGCAGCCCGACUUCAGGCUUGAUGGUGGCAUCUUAAAGACUGUUUACAGAUUAUUUUCCCCUUUGCCUUUUUAUAUAGUCAUGUUUAUUUAUUUAUUUUUUGUUGUCUCAAGACAACAGAUUUUUCUUAAAGCAUCUUGGUUUUCUAUGUGGACUUUCUGGAAAACUCACAAUGACAAUUUUUCCUUUGGAACUUGGAGAUUUUUUAUGUUCUUACCGUGACAACGAGUUAUGGACCACACGAGGUAACCUUUGAUUGAUUCGAGGCAUGAAAUGCCCUUACUUACAGACUGAGUAUUUCUUUAUUUUGUGUAAAUGGAAAGCAUGCAUUUAAAGUCUGAGAGACGACGUCACAUCCAGGAUUAAGUGCAGGAUCAGAUCAGUUUUUGGCAAUGGAUUUAUCAGUUUUAAAGGACAUGGCACACUGUUGUUGUUGUUUUUACGCAUUUUGCAUUUUUCUAUGGACAAAAGACAACUAAGGAGGCAUUAAAAAAUGUCAACGGAAUGUCAUUCCCGGGAUUGAAGAGGAGACCAAGCAGGAAAAGAUAUGAGAUAUUAAGUUCUGGAAUGUAUAUCAGUACUUUUUUUUUUUUUUAAUCUAGGACAUUCCUUUAUUUCAAAACUUCUUGUAAAUAUAUUUUCUACCCAUUCCAGUUUGGACCGAUUAAAUAUAUUUGUUCCUCAUUUUUUACUUCCUAAUUUUCAAGGAACCCUUUUCCAUAGCAGCAUCUGAAACGAAGAUACGUGUUGGGAGCGCCACAUCCAAACUUUUGCGGUUUUAUGUUCUAAAAAAGAAAUAUUGGAGGAGACCAAAGACUGUCUAAUAUAUCCAAUCCAUCUCAAAGCAUCUUUUUCUUUUUUCUUUACAUCUUAUUUUAUUUUUAAUCUACCACAGUAAAGGGCUACAAGAACCUUAACGCUACCAAAACACUGUACAGUAUAUAACAGCACCUGACUCGCCAGCUAUAAGUGUUCACUUCAAUAAUGGUGUAAAUAGUUCUUCACAGAAGAGCAGGAAGUAUGUAGCUUCAUCUGCUUUUGAUUCCAUUGGUAGUAAACUUGUGGCCCGCCCUCCUCUUAUGCCAUGUUCGUCUGAUGUGUUAAAAUCACACAUGCGGUUGUUACCUCAAAGCUGUCAACAGCUCAACGUGUCAAAGUGAAAGUCAAGGCAGGCACGCAAAAUACGUUGCGACUCUUUCCUACCGACAAACAAAGCCAACGAAUAUUUGCAUAUCAACAGUUUUUAAAUGUGUAACGUUCAUGUUCCUGUGGGGAAAUGAUGUUGGUUAUAUAUAAAUAUAUAUAUAUAUAUAGACGUCUGUAGAAAGCUUCAGUGUUGAUUUACGGCGGUUGGAGCGAUGCGGAGAUCUACUCUGUAUGGUGCUUUGAGUAUUUUCAUCUUUUAAUUUCACAUUUUGUGAACAUUUGAAUUGGAAUUUGGCUGCUUGGUUUAUUCUGGUUUGAUAUCUGCUAAUUGUAAUAAAUCGAACUUGUUGCUUUUGUAUGUCAGCUUUAAGUCCUUGGAUUGUUUUAUCUUGACAAGUUUAUACCCCUUAAAAGACAUGCAGCCCACUGUACAUGCUUUACAUCCUCAGCCAAUGCAAACUGUACCAAUUGAGCAUUCAGCUCAGUUCAUCGCAGCUUCUGGUGGCGUCAGAUGAUGUCACUGAUGCCCACGACACAUUGAAUGUUUAGUCCAGAGGGCAUCACCAAAUGCUGAGCUCAUGUGCACGAUAAAUGCACCAGUGACCUAGUGUUAGUAUAUUAAAAUUGAUUCAAAGGUUUUCAAAUCAAAUAUUUAUCACCUUUACAACAAACCGGUAAUAUCUGAUAACUCACAGUGAUGGUAAAUUUAGUGAUUCAUGCCCCUGUAGUGAAUUUUUAAUGCGAUGAAUCUUCAGUACCGCCUCUGUUUUCGGUCCGUCACUUUCCCCUCAGGCCUAUCUGAGUUUCAGGGAUAGCGGAUCGGACCGCAUGUGCCUCCGAAUGUCCGGUUCACUCGAGCUGCGCGGCUGAGCUCUGUAAUGUACAGCGAAUGCAUUUAACAUUGAGCUUUUUUCCCUGCUGUGAUGCUGCUGUUUACUUGACUGUACAUCAGCACAAAUCAAUACAGUGAUGUGCACCAUUCCCCGAAUUAAACUAUUAGAUAGUGAUGACUUCAUCUCCGUUUAGGGACGAAUGUUUACAAGCUACAGGCUUGUGUAAAGCUUACAAAAGAGAGAAACAGUGAGCCAUAUCCAUUUCAAACCUUUAAAGCAUAUGUUUAUAUAUGUGAUAUAAAAUGAAAUCUGUAUAUUUUGGAAGAUAGUGUUAUAGGUGAGUAUUUGUUCUGAGUCGCCUCAGACUUGUCUGAAAAGAAAAACAAAUGUAAUAUUGUGAUUUAAUGAGCCUUUGUCAUGUUGAUAAAAUAUCGGCCCACUUUCAGAUAGUAAAACUAAUGCUGCACGUCUCUGGACCCACAAAGACUGUUUGGGUAGCUCUAUACCCAAUUUUAAUAGGCCUUAAAGUUGGAUUUCUGGUUAAUGACGACACCUUUUGGUAUUAAUAGUGAUGUAGUUUGUUUUUCUAACGUCAACCCAGAAUGAUAUUUUCAUGUGGUGAUCAGUCACAUUUAUUAUGCUUGAAACAAGAAAAAUAUUGAAGAGAUUUUAAUUAAAUGACUGUUUUCACACCCUGUUCCCUUACGAGAACCAAAAACGUACAAAUUUAAUUUGUUUGAAUUGUAAAUGAAUGUUGAUAACCAGCAUGUGAUAAAUACACUUUUAUGCAAAUAUAAAGACAUAGCCAUUUAUUAAAUAAUAGAGAUGUAGGCUGAGAUGGUGUUUCUAUUGUGUCUAUAAAUUAUUUCCAAAUACCAGCAAAGGGUUUUUGCCAUUAAGGUGAAAGUUUUCAUUAAGUUUCUCAUUGAGAAAAACCUGUUUAAAUGCUCGUCACCUGCUGAUGAAGUCACAAAUCCAAGUACCAAACCUGACGCGGAUGAAAACAUUGUGGCUCAAAACUGUUAUCCGCCUGGAGUUACUGAAUAUACUGAACAUCUGCGGUGUCGGAUGCUGUAAUGAGUCUGUUCGCUUCACUUUUCACUUCUCUUUGAAAUGUUAUGUGGGAACUGUUAUGUAUUGUAUGACUCUAUAUUCAAUAACGUGUUGGGAAAUCUUGCGCUAUGCGUAUAUUUGUGUAAAAAUGUCCGCUAUUUGUGUAAAGGAAGAUCGUAAAAAAGCCCUGUUCAGCUUAUGGACUGUUGAAAUGCAGAAGUUUGUGGCCUCGGGUCCCUUUCUCAGAUGAGAGUCUCUCUCUCUGGGAGUUUAUUUCAUAAAGGGACAUAAAGGCUUUUAUUUUUCUGAACUGUCUAAUAUUAUAUAUUAUAUCUACUGGAAAGAGAGAGAAAACUAUUUUUCAUCUGCACAUUCUACUUUGUUUGUGUAUGUGAUGGAUAUUAAUCUUGUUUUCUAAAGACAAAAGAGACUUGUAACUAAGAUGAAAAAUGUCAAUAAAACGCUAUUUUGUUCUUUA